AUGCUCCCGCCACUCGUCACGCUGGCCUUUGCCGCCAUCACGUCCGCCCAUAGCGUCAUAUCCUAUCCCGGCUGGAGAGGCAACAGUCUCAUCACCAACGCCACCUUCCCCUACGGCAUGCAGUGGAUGUAUCCUUGCGGCGGCAUAGGAACCACGGAAAACCGCACUUACUGGCCCACGACGGGCGGCGCGCUCGCCUUCCAGCCCGGCUGGUUCAGAGGCCACUCCCAGGCCGUCAUCUACGUCAACCUCGGCUUUGGCACCGACGGGCCCGACCACGGCCCCGACAACAUGUCCAACCCCAUGGUCCACCCCUUCACCAUCCAGGGCCCUACCAACAAUCCGUACCCUGGCACCGUCUGCCUCCCUCAGGUCCCCUUGCCCGUCAACGCCUCCGUCAAGCCCGGCGACCUGGCCACCAUCCAGCUCGUCGAGCUUGCCCAGCACGGAGCCGCUUUGUACUCGUGCGUCGACAUCGUCUUCGCCGAGCCCGGCGACCCCAAGAUAGCCGAGGUCAACGAGACAAACUGCUUCAACUCGACCGACAUUGGCUUUGCUGACAUGUACACCACUGUCACCAAGAUAUCUGGCAGCGACACCUACAUCAAGUCCGGCGCCGGGUCCCUACGACACCUCAGCUGGAUGGGCUACGUGCCGCUGGCCGUUGCCGCCUUGUUGGUCGGCCUGUGA